AUGAACCAUUCGAAUGUUUUAUUUAUCAAUGAAUCGUCAACAAAAUUAUCACUGAAUAUCAAAUUAACCUAUGCUUCAGCCUUAAUUUCAUUCAUAUGCAUCCUUUCUAUGAUUAUUGUAUUACCAAUUCUUUGCCUGAAAUUAGAUUAUGCAUCCAAUCGACUUACGGAACGGAUGAAUAAUUUUGCUUUAACUUCAAAAAAUUUAUGGAACGAUAUCAUUUUGAUAAGAAGUAAUGGACGAAUUAAACGUCAAGGUUAUGGUGAAGCAUUAUUGAUGAAUGCAGGAGAAACGGAAGGACAAUGCGGUAGUUGUGUAGAAUUAAGAUGUCCACCGGGUGCACCAGGUCCACCAGGAAUGGAUGGGGAAAAUGGUACAAACGGUGAACCUGGAAGACCAGGAAAACCUGGAUUAGAUGGAUUGGAUAUUCCACUAGAACCGGAACCUAGUUUGCCUUGUGUGAUUUGUCCAGCAGGACCACCAGGAAAUAGAGGACGACAAGGAGAACCAGGAAGACCUGGAAUACCUGGUGAACCCGGGCAUCAUGGCAUACCUGGAAGACCAGGUAAAGCAGGUAAAGUGGGCGAUCCUGGAUUACCUGGACCUCCAGGUGAAGAAGGUGAACCUGGUAUUAAGGGUCCACCUGGUGAUGAUGCAAUCGGUGGAACAGGAAUUAAAGGUCCACCAGGACCACAGGGACCACGUGGCCCUAAAGGUCCAUCAGGACCAAAUGGAAUACCAUCUAGCAGCUUCGGACCACCAGGACCACCAGGUGAAAUGGGACCAAAUGGUCCACCUGGUAAACGAGGUGAACCAGGACCAAAUGGACCAAUUGGAUCACCUGGUGAGCGUGGUGAACCUGGUGGCCAUUGUAAAUCAUCAUGUGGAAUUCAAGAAGUUGUAGCACCAUCAAUUGUUGAAUUGAAUGUUUACAAUCCAAAAGGAGCUGCAAAGAAUAAUUGGAAAACAGCUGAAACAAAUUAUAAACAUAAGCAAUAA